UGCAGGUCCCUCUGCCCCUGCUCCAUGUUAGCUGUUCCCCAAGAUGCUGCAGAUCCCGCUGCCCCUGGACCGGGAUGGGAUCCUGUUCCGGCUGCGUUUCACCACGCUGGCCCUGGGCACUGUGUUCUGCCCCCUCUUUGGGUUCCUCUUCUGUGUGAUCUGGUCCCUGCUCUUCCAUUUCCGUGAGACGACCGCGACCCACUGUGGGGAAAACUGUUGUCUUGUCGAUCCAGCAAUCCAUGAAAAUGCCUUCAUUGUGUUCAUCUCGUCGGCCCUGGGCCACAUGCUGCUCACCUGCAUCCUCUGGAGAAUGACUAAGAAACACACAGUAAGUCCCGAGGUACAGACACUUUCCUUUCUUUUCUCUCUAUCCAGCCGUGUGUUGCCCUCACCUGCUGUGUUCCCUCCUGCAGUGUACACCGUCUUCGCCUUCCUGGAGUACCUGGUCGUCCUCUCCAACAUGGCCUUCCACAUGACUGCCUUCUGGGACUUCGGCAACAAGGAGCUGGUGGUGAGCUCGCUGCUGGAGGACAAGCACUUCUAGCCAGCCCUGCUGCUGGGGGAGGCAGGGAGCCCCUUCCCUCUCCUGCCAGGGCAGGGUGUUUGCUGUGGAGCUGCUGCAAGGAUCCUCCCGGGAUCCUGGGCCCCCCAGGGAUCCUCCCGGGCCCCCCGAGUGUCUGUGCAUGGUCCCUGGCUGUGCCUGCAGCCCUCGUACAGUGGAGCUGGGGGCUCUUCCCGGGGACCCCCUGCUCUGGCUCCCUGCCAGCUGUGGGAGGGCAGGACAGAGCAGGGACAGGGACCUGCUGCCUGUUUCUUUGGAGGAUGCUCCGGGCAGAGCAGGAUUCUGCUCCUGGCAUUGGGGCGUGGGGGGCCAGCCCUGCUCUGCUUGGCCUGGGGUGUCUCGUGGUUCCUCCCCCAGGCUGGGGGUCCGGGGACAAGCCCUCAGAAAGGGCUGGUGGCCUUUUGGGCUGGCUCUGGGUGCUGCUCUCCCCUGAGACUGGGGCAGGAUCCUGGCCCAUCCUGCCUGAGUUCCCGGGAGGGGAGCGGGGAGGUGCCGGCCCAUGCACGGACUGCAGGGAGUGGGGCACGUGUGGGAGCAUCCACACUCUCCUUCCUGCCUUUCCCAGAAACCCCCCAGCAGCACAGGCUGCUCCCAGGGGGGCUGUGCCCCAGUUCCAGCCCAGUUUGGGGAGGAAGGGCAGGGGGGCUGGUGCUGGAGGUCCCCUCUCCAAUAUCCACGUGGAUUCCCCUGGGCUGUGGGGCUGGAGCUGGGAACUGCUGGGGUCCAGCAGUGUCCCCCGUGUGUGGGCUCUGGCCUCAAGGGCACCGUGGGCACGGCAGGGUGGGAGCUGGGGGCUGGCAGCAUCCCCAGGCUCCUCCUGGCAGUGCUGCUGGAAGGGGCACCUGGAGCUGACAUGUUUUUGGAGAGCUCUGUGCUUGUCAGGGCUCAUCCCACCCCACACCCGGCCGGGAAGGACCGGCGUGGGUCCCUCCCUGCCUUUCCCCACCAAGAGUCCCCUGGGAUGUCCCGGUGCACAUCCCUGUGCUCCCGGGGCUGGGCUGAGCCUCCUCCAGCAGGAGCUGUGGGGCCCUGGCUGAGUGGGGCCAGGCUGGCUCCAGGUGCUGCCCUGUGUGCGUCGUCGGUGUCCCCACCCAUGGGCCCCAUCCAUGCCCCAUCCAUGGGCCCAUCCGUGGCCCCAUCCAUGCCCCAUCCAUGGCCCAUCCAUGGCCCCCCCGUGUCCCUGCAUGCGUGUGACGCGCUGCCCCGUCAGCGCCGUGGCUUUGGGUGGAAAUAAAGCACUGAGUAUUUUUGUGA